AUGGCUACGUUCAUAUUGCACUUUUUGAACGAUGAACCGUUCAAUCUCAACUUGUCAACACUACAAUUCGACCAAAUGCAACACCAACAACUGCUACAAUUGUUAAGCAAUGUCUUGAGCUGGAUUUUCGACUCGGAACGUGUUGAUAUAAAAAGAGAGGCAGCCGAGGAGACUGCAAUUCGGAUUCUCAACUCGCUAAGAAUUCUUCGCUAUCGUCCGCCGCAAGACCAAGAAGAACAAGAAGAAUGGAGAGCAGGGAUUGUUGAAGGACGGAAGACAAGUGUAUAUCCGUUGCUCGUUUUUCUAUUUGAGAAUUCGGAUGGUUUGAAAGAGCGAGCAUAUUUGGCAAAAUAUUUGAUGAAGACCGAUGUCCCGGGAGAAUUCUACGAUUAUGACAUUGAAGAGCUUCAGAAUGAGAUUGGAGAUCUAAUGACAGAGUUCAAGGAAAUUCAUGCGGAUGUCAAAUCAGUUAUGUCAGAUGUACUAUUGUUAAAUGACAUUAAAGAGGAUUUGAAGUCAAUGGAGAAGGAAAAAAUGAUUUUGGUUCGGAAAAUUGAGAAGACCGAAAAGAAGGUUCAAAAUAUACCGUAUUUCGACAAACAGAUGCAACUCGCAUCACAAUUACGUGGAGAGAAAUCUCGGUAUGCGGAGAUGGCGCAUCAAAAGCAGCUUGAAAGACAAAAGGUGCUGAACAUUGAAUCGAGAAUCAAUCGCAUGAAAAUCAAUUUGAAUGAGGCUCAAGCAGUUGCCGACACGUUGGAUGAACAAGCACUAAUGGAAAAAUUAGAGGAUGAAGUUGCGACGAACACUUAUUUGGUGAACGGGAAGUUGUUUCAAGAAAUAGAGACAAAAGAGAAUAAACUGAGGGAACUGUCAACAAUGGCAAGAUCAAGUUCGGUGAAAGAAGAUGAUAUAACGAGAAUGACGGAAGAGAUUGAGGAAAUGACAAAACGAAUUCGAAAACUUGAAGACGAGAGAGAUCACAAAGAGGUUGACAUUGACGAGAACAUGAGUGUGUUUCGUCAUCAAGUUACUCUUCUCGAACGCAAAAAAGAGACGGCGGUGCAGAAGUUGCAGGAGUUGAGACAAGAACUUGCGAAAGUCGAGAAAGAUGUGGAAGAACGUAAACACAAUUUGAAGGACAAAGUGGGCGGAGAAGUGGUGUCAAAUGUGCAAGAAAGCAUUGGCGGUGAAAUAGUAGAAGUUUUGAAUGUUCCAACGAAAUACGAUCGUCCAAAAACUGCAGCUCCGCAAACAAAUAAUAGCGAGGACAUCAAAUCGGAUAUGAAACAAAUGAUGAAUUCAUUGGAUGAGAGAAAAGAUAGGAUAACGGAUCAGCGGGCAAGACGAGAAGAAAUGAGACUCAUGCUGAGUCAAAAAAUGGAUGCAAUUAAUAUAAUGAAGAGGCAAAGAGAAGAGCAAGUGGCAGAAAUGGAAAGAAAUAACAGAUUGCUUGUUGAGAGUGUCAGAGAUCUCGAGAAUACAAUUGAAGAAUGCGGAGAAAAGAUUCCUGAAUUGAAAAAUGAAUUAGCAAUAUUACUGGAUGAUAAGAAUAGUUUAGAAGGAGCCAGUGGAGACAAUUUGGAGGAAAAAGUCACAUUAGCAGCUGAAAAAGAACAAGAACUAGAUGCACAAAUUGAGGAAAUGGGAGACAUGGAUGAGAUGCGUUUGCAAGGAGAAUUAUGGAAAGACAUACUCACUAUCUUUGAAGUCAAAAUGGAAAUUUUCAAGGAGAGAUCGAUGUCCCGUCAUUAA